AGUUAGCUUGAGGAGCAGGGAAAGAAAUACUGGAAAAGAGAAUGGCUAAACAUGCAGUUCUAGCACCAGGAUGGCGAAGCAAAGAGAGAGAUGGAAGCCCUUUUCAGAGGAGCUGCUGGAAUAAAUUGGAAGCAAGAAGAGUGGCCAGCAUCUUCCUGCUCUUCCUGUUUCUGAGCCCACCUUUCUGCAAGGCGACGCUCACCAGCAAAUGUCAGAUCACUGAGGGCUGGCUACGACCAUACACAUCUGAACCCCUAUCCCUCUGUCUCUCUGCUUCAGAUGCGGGUCUGGUUGCAUUCUGUAGCAAUGUCACCUCCUUGCAAGAAGAUCUGGCUACUGUUCCUGAGCUGGUGAGUGCCCUUUGUCUCUCCGGGAGUGUUGUCAUUUAUGAACGAGCUUUCUCGUCUUUUCCAGAACUUAAUCACCUGAGCAUCAACUUGAAGGCACCUGUUAUCUCACCCAGGGCUUUCCUGGGCCUGGACAAACUACAAUACUUAUCAAUCCACCACUCAGAUACAGGCUGCAGCAACAGCUCCAUCCCAACUCAAGCCUUCCACCAAUUAGAGCAACUGCAGACUUUGAACAUGAAGGGCAUCUAUCUCACAGGACAACGAGGGAUAAAUCUUCCAAGUCACUUAAAAUCGCUUUCCAUUUCUGGAUGCUGCUUAGACCAAUUUUCAGAGCUGUUCAGCAUUUUCCCAUCUUUGCAGUCAGUGCCUCACGUGUCUGUAGAUAACUGUGAAAUAGGGAGGUUUCCCCACUCUUUGUAUCUGAGGCAACAUCCUAACUUCUCAAGCUCUAGGGUCCCAUCUUCUCAAUCACAGGAAAGAACGGGUCUUUAUUCUCAGAACAAAAGCUCACUUCAGUCCCUGGUGCUGAGCCAUUUCCCUCUGGCACUCAGUGAGCUUCUAUCCUUAGAAAUAAAAGAACUUGAUGCACUUUCGUUGGAGAAGACACACCACAUGCAUGAGAACCAGACUUUUCAAGUCUGUGCUCUGGCCUCCCGUUUCUCCCUCCGAUCUCUGUCAUUUUCAUUGAAUUACUACAAAAACUUCAACAGUGAAGAGCUUCCUGGCUGCUACUCUGUGGAGAAUUUGGUACUUGAGGAUAAUAAAAUGGAGCAAGUAGAUCCCUUGCUUCUGUAUAAGCUCUUCUAUCUCCAGCUGUUAGAUCUUUCUGGAAAUCAUCUUUACUGGAACCUUUGCCCACUGGAGUAUGAGAAGAUGAACUUUAACUCCCGGCUGAGGAUUCUUGAUUUCUCUGGUAACAGAUUUAAAAGUCCCCAAUCUACUGUAUUCUCCUGCCUGCCAUACUUAGAGACACUCUCACUCAAUGACUGUGGGUUUGAGAACAUUCCAGUAUCUGCCUUCUCUAGACUUGGCCAACUUAAGGUUUUGAAUCUGAGAAACAAUCGAUUACGCAACCUUGCAAAUGCCUCUUUCUAUAAACUGUCCAGCCUGGUUUCCUUAGACUUGUGUGGUAAUCCCAUCACACAGUUUGAAAGCGAUUCAUUCCAGGGUUUGGCUUUUUUGAGAGAACUCCAAAUAGGCUUUCCAUAUUUUCAGGAAGGGGAAGAAACCCUGAGAUUCUCAGCGAAAAAUGUAGAAAGUAUUGUAUUGCAAAAUUUUUCAUCAAUUGCCUUAUACAAUCCGCCACAGUCUGACUUUGCUUCAGUGCAGACUAUGACUCUAAGUGGCUGCUUUGAAUUUUACAACUUGUCUCAUAACACAUUUUUCCCCAAUGUGCGAUUGAUGCAUUGGAAGCAAGCUUUGGAAUGUGAUUCUUCUAAGCCCCUCCAUCUGCUUUUCCCUGUGCUGGAGCAGCUUGUUUACAAGUAUAAGUUAGAAGCAAGAUAUACUGGAUGGAAUUUCAACAUGUCACAUCUGUCCAAGCUGCAACUGCUUGAGGUGCACAACCUGCCUGAAGUACCUUACGGUUCCUCUGCACCAGAGAUGCAGUCCCUCUUCAUGGAUCUGCCCCAGGUGGAGGCCCUGAGAAUGGUGAACAGCAACAUCAGGUACAUCUCAGCAAAGUUCUUCAGAAGAAAGUGCAAACUCAAGCAACUCGUGCUAGAGAAGGAGGCCUUCCUGGAACUUGACAGUGACAUUCAGGAUCAAAUACUGGGACAAAUGCCUCUCCGCUACUUGCAUUUUUCCAGUGUCACCUUCAGGUGUGACUGCUCAAGUGCCUGGCUCAUUGACUGGGCCAUCAGAAGGAAAGAGAUUUAUGUAUUUGGGCUGGAGCAUGCAGACUGUCUGGAUGUCCAAAGGAGAGAAAAGAAAGGCAACUAUCUGUCUUUCAUAGAGCAGAACUGUAGUCAGGAUGUUGGCUUCCUCCUUUUUGUUUCAACCUCCUCGGUGCUGUUCCUCCUUAUUUCACUCCCUAUCCUGAAAGCCACUUGCGGCUCAGAGCUUCUUUUCCUGAUCUACAUCCUGAGAGCAUGGUGGCAUGGACUGUUGAAUAACAGAAAAGGCCAGAGGUUUGAGUAUGAUGCUUUUGUGUCCUACAGCAGUCAGGACCAGGAGUGGGUGUUGCAGCACUUGGUGCCCAAUCUGGAGCAGAAGGGACCCCCCUUCCUGAAGCUCUGUCUCCACAACCGGGACUUUGUGGUGGGCAAGGCCAUUGUGGACAAUAUCAUGGAGAGUCUUUACAGCAGCUACAAGACCAUCUGUGUUAUCAGCCACCAUGCCCUCAACAGCUCCUGGUGUUCUCUGGAGAUGACCCUGGCCACAUACCGUCUUGUGGCUGAGCAAGAGGAUACGUUGAUCCUGUUGUUCAUGGAACACAUCUCCAGAUACCAUCUCUCAGCCUAUCAUCGUCUGGCAAAGCUGGUGAAGAGGAAGGCGUAUCUAGACUGGCCUCAGGAGCCAGCUGCCCAGGCUGCCUUUUGGGAUAGGUUGAGGAAGAUACUGAAGCAACACUGUGGUGGGGAGGAACCAAAGCUUUAAGCAUUCUGUGUUGUCCAACUUGGCUAUGCAGUGAGCAUCCAACAAACUUCUGCCCAACGAGAUUUAUUUCUUAUCUUGCAAAAUAAUUAGUUGUGAAAAGAUGUAGGCAAGCUUAAUGGAGUCUUGACCAGAGAAACCAAGAGAGUUCACAUACAGACACAAACACUGCUAAAUCUUGUUCCCACAUAACGUUUUUGUUUACUCGGAUGUGUCCUAUUUCUAUGUAAAUGAAAGAAUGUUAUAUCAUGGAUAGCAUUAUUGUCAAAUAUUUUCCUGCUUGUGUGUAAUGUACACAAACUCUGAGGUCUAACCUACACAAACACUGCAUUACACUGGAGUGUGCAGAACCAUCAUAGAAUUAAGCCUUCUUUCUUGGCAACAAUUUUAUUACAGAAAUUUCAUCAACCAUACAGUACAAUAAAUAUACAUAUAAUAUCCUGUAUAAUUCAUUAUUUUAACAAGCCAAACCGUUUUUUCCUGCAUUCACCAUAUUUAAAAAAUCCAUAUAUUUACUCUCAGGUCUUGGUCUGCUGGAAACAUAAAGCAUUCUGGUUUCUUUGCUGUCCUUUGGUACAGCUGACGUAUUGCUUUUUCUCUAAAUAGUUGAAAAGGUAAUUAAAAUGGAGUUUCCAGCAUAUUAAUAUAGCACUAUAUCAUGCAGCAACACCCUUCCUUUGUGGCCAAGAUCCUCAUAUAAUAUUUACCCCCAAGAAAGUCCCAUUCAGUUAAAAGUUUGUUACUUGCAGUUCAGCUUGUUCAAUUGCUUCCUAUUAAUUGCACCUGGGAGAUGAAUGAUCACCCCGUGAAUAGUCUCUCAGAAUUUCUCCACUGACAAUUUCUCUUUCUGAGGAAAGAUGUUUUGAUUACUGAUCUCUUUUCUUUUCUUUACUGGUGAAACAGCACUAUUUGGAGAGUGGGAAUAAAUAUAACAGAAGGAAACUAGUAAUUAAAGCAAUAACAGAAACUGACAUUUGGGUAUUCUGAAUGGCAAAUUAAAGAGGCAAUUAAUAGGUUAUUUAGCA